UGGGCGGCGGGUGGACAGACUGGGAACCGCCGAGAUCUCCGGCUUCCCUGGCGGACCGGACCCUGGCCGCCUGUCUCUUACCAUCGAGGCCACGCCUCGUCUGGCCGGGUCCCGAUUUCUUGACUGACUGACCAGGCCCUGACGGACGGAUGGGCCGCGCGUCUGACACGCUGACACCCGGGCCCAAAGGCCAGACUUCCACGCAUGACGCGAGGCAGGAGCAGGGUGGACAUGCCCCAGGUGGAGUGCAAGGACCAGGAGCCACCGCCGCUGGGCGACCGCAAGGAGCAGCCACAGGGUGACGAGAACCGCGAAGAGGAAACUGGCUUGGUGCCGGCCAGAAGUCAGGGUUCUAGCCCCUCUAUUGCCACCUCCAGUGCCAACCACCAGCUGAUGACGCUAGAAGGGAAGUUGGGACCCUACUUUUCCUCUCUGGACUCGAGCAUUGACAUCCUGAAGAAGAGAACCCAGGAGCUGAUCGAAAACAUCAACGAGAGCAGGCAGAAGGACCACGCUCUCAUGACCAACUUCAGGGACAACCUCAAGAUCAGGGUUUCAGACCUGGCAGAGAAGCUAGAAGAGAGGAUGUAUCAGAUCUACAAUCACCACAACAAGAUCAUUCAGGAGAAGCUCCAAGAGUUCACUCAGAAGAUGGCAAAGAUCAGCCAUUUGGAGACAGAGCUCAAACAAGUGUGCCACACCGUGGAGACAGUGUACAAGGACCUGUGCGUCCAGCCUGAGGCCACCCCUGCGGAAGAGGAGCGAGCCCACAGAGACGGCUAAUGCUGACAGCUUCCAGAGAGUUCCCCCCUCCCGGGCCCAGAGGCCACCGUUCAGGCCAUGCCCAGAAAACCGUUGUUCGCAGUUCUAUGAUGCAUCUUGGCAAAAAAUAAAAGGAGAUUAAAAAAUCCAAAA